AUGUCGCCCCCAACUGUGCCUCCCAUGGGUGUAGAUGGUGUGUCUGCCUACCUGAUGAAGAAGAGGCACACCCACAGGAAGCAGCGGCGCAAGCCCACUUUCCUCACCCGCAGGAACAUCGUGGGCUGCCGCAUUCAGCACGGCUGGAAGGAGGGCAAUGAGCCCGUGGAGCAGUGGAAAGGGACGGUGCUCGAGCAGGUUUCUGUGAAGCCCACCCUCUACAUCAUCAAAUACGAUGGCAAAGAUAGCGUGUACGGACUGGAACUGCACCGGGAUAAGAGAGUUUUAGCACUUGAGAUCCUUCCCGAGAGAGUGCCAACUCCUCGCAUUGAUUCCCGCCUGGCAGAUUCCCUGAUUGGCAAGGCUGUGGAGCAUGUGUUUGAGGGGGAGCACGGCAGCAAAGAUGAAUGGAAGGGCAUGGUCCUGGCACGAGCCCCCGUGAUGGACACUUGGUUUUACAUCACCUACGAGAAAGAUCCGGUGCUUUACAUGUACACGCUGCUGGAUGACUACAAAGAUGGUGACCUGCGCAUCAUUCCAGAAUCCAACUAUUAUUUCCCCACAGCAGAGCGGGAGCCUGGAGAAGUGAUUGACAGCCUCGUGGGCAAGCAGGUGGAGCACGCCAAAGAUGAUGGGUCCAAGAGAACCGGCAUUUUCAUCCAUCAGGUGGUGGCCAAGCCGUCUGUCUACUUCAUUAAGUUUGAUGAUGAUAUUCACAUUUAUGUCUACGGUUUGGUGAAAACCCCCUAA